AUGGACAUCGACCCCGUCUCCGCCCAGCAACGCUCCUCCCGUAAACAUCUACGCAGCAGUGACGAUGAAAGUGAUUUAACGUGGAGCUCCGAUGUAUCAGGACAAUUUGACGAUGCUGAAGAGCCCGAGCCGGAAGACUACAAGUCUCCAUCCGCAAAGUCCGCGAAACGGCGCCGGUCCAACGACUGGCCGCUGCCGGAGGAAGCGGCGGAUUAUGGAAACAAUGGUAGUCGGAGUGCGCGCAACGGAAAUUUAUCCCUGGGACCAAAUUACAAAGCCUCGCCUCGUGCAUCGCCUCGGGGUUCAGCUACAUCUUUGCGUAACAGACACAAAGCGUCUACCAACAGCCCUCGCCAUCACUUGACUCGUCGAUCACGUUUCAUCGAGGCGAAUAUGAGCGACAGCGUCAGUGAGAAGCCACCGAGCAUUUAUUUUCGUGAAAGCAAAGGCUCUGGUCCACAAAACCGUGCAUCUGGGAUCUUUCGAUUUGGCAAAGCAAUUGCAUCCGCUUUCAACCCAUUCGGCGGCUGGGGCAAGGCCUCUGAGAAUGCAACCAAAUCUCCCCAGAAAGAUGCGCUGACUCAAGCCGAGGAGGCGUAUGCCAAACUUAAGCGCGCUGGCUAUCAGGGCACAAACAAGGGAUCUUAUAUGCAAAGCCAAAAUGUCAAUCCCUCCAACGCCGACCAGACAUGGCAAGCCAUUCAAGACAAGAUGGGCUAUGGCAGCCCCGUAAGAAACACAAGUCCUCAAGUUGAACCGCUAUCACCUUUGCGAUCUCCGUCAAAGUCCUCCAAGCGUUCAUCCUUUCAGGAUCUUCGCAUUCCAUUCAUAAAGUUCCACGACCAGCCUAUUGCGACAUCUGCAUGUCUAGAUCAUCCGUCCGAAGACUCUGAGAACCACGGAGUGCGCAGACAAAAGUCACGUAAGGAACUUUCACGCGAGUCGAAGCUUCUGAAGAAAGUUAGCAACCUCGAGGAUAAGCUGGACCGCGCGCGGCGAGAACUUCGUCACCUGAGUGGUAACGAGGAGCGAUUGCCAUCUCCGACAAUGGAUUAUCGAUCCAUGAGCCAGGAAAUGGAUCCAGGGAGUUACCCCCGAAAAUUCGUUCCAGGCGCACUGCCAUCCGUGCCGUCUGAACGGCUGCUGGAUCAGCAAACUUCCGUUUCCCAAUCUCCAGAGCUUCAUGCCUUCGCCUCUGAGCAGGCCAGAAGUACUUCGCCAGAAUCUCAGUCAACGACCAAGUCUCCAAAACGGCGACCAUCGUCAAUGGGUAAGGAAAGCUCUUCCCGCAAAAGGAAGUCAACAGUUCCUGAACCAAUCGCUAGUCGGAAACCUCUUCAGCCCACUGCGACGAACCGCAACCCCGAUGACCGCCCUUCCGAAAAUGAGCAUUUGAUCGAAGUUGGUCUGCUUAGUCCACCUCGCCGGUCGAAGUGGCAGAAAUUCGAAGCCGGCGACAGCCCGGGCUCCUCGGAACGCAAACGAAAUGCGGACCAUGGGGCCUCGGCGAAGGACGCGGGCUCAAUGCAUCAAAGGUCCCCAUAUGUGUCCCGAAAGUCCUAUCCCAGCGCCAAUCGCUCACCAUCAAAGAACAUAAAAUCCUCGCCUUCUCUCCGCAUGCAAACCAAUCGAUCCGUCUCCACAACCCACACUGCUCCCACCUUCAAAUCCGACCCCAUCUCUCAUGAUUUCUCUUCUCCCCCACCACCAUCUAGUGAAGCCCAUCAAGCAUUUUAUCUCCAGUCCCAUCGUCAAAUUGACCCUGAUUGUCCGGCUCGCCCGUCGCCCACCAAAUCACGACCUAGUCCAAGACGUCGACAUAGUUACGAGGUGGACAUUCCUCCUGUGCCUCCGCUACCUAAAGAACUCCGCCUGAACGCUAUAAAGGUAACCGGCUCGCCCAUCAAACCAAAUCGAUCUAUAAGAGAUUCUGCUCCGCCAGUUCUGUCUCAACCUAUUUUGCCUGGUCUUGGUGAUCAGGCCACAGAGGAAGAAAGAUUUCUUUGGCCGGAGGAUAUCUUUUAG